GCAACUUAAAAAUGGCGACAACUAUGUAACAUCGUGAGGACCGAGCCUAAAUUGCUCAGUGAGCGAGACAAUAAAAUAUUGAUUUGUCAAAUCCAAAUCCGAACUGUCAGACCCUCGCUCUUUCUCUAUUUCCGGUCAGCCAUAAAACCUCGUCAAGAUGAGGAAAAUUAUGAAGCAGGGUAAAAUCGUUAUCGUCCUAAGCGGAAGAUACGCUGGACGCAAAGCCAUCAUUGUUAAAACACACGAUGAUGGAAAUGCCGAGAAACAAUUCGGACACGCUCUUGUCGCUGGCAUUGACAGGUACCCAAGGAAGGUGACAAAAAAGAUGGGUAAAUCUAAGUUGAAGCAAAAGUCCAAGAUUAAGCCUUUCCUGAAAGUGUUGAACUACAAUCAUUUGAUGCCUACUCGUUAUGUUGUACAUGACAUCAGUUUCGAUAAAUUGUCAACAAAGGAAGCGGCCAAAGACUUGAAAGACCCUGUUAAGAGGAAAACUCAUCGUUUCCAGACACGCGUCAAGUUCGAAUCCACAUACAAGGAGGGCAAGAACAAAUGGUUUUUCCAGAAGUUAAGGUUCUAAACCAAAUAAAAGUAUGAAAUUUUGUAUAAAAAGUAUUCAUAUAAUUUA